AUGAGGACAUCCUAUUACCCCCUCCAAACUGCGGGGGGCCCCCCGGGGGCCCCGGGCCCCCCGGGAGAGGCCGCGGCAGGAGCGCAGGGCCUGGCGGGCCCGCAGCAGCUCGGGAGCCUGACCCUGCAGCAGCAGCAGCAGCAGCAGCAGCAGCAGCAGCAGCAGCAGCAGUUGGAAGAAAGCUCUUGCGAAGCCGGCACAGGCAGCGGCAGCGGCAGGAGAAGCAGCAGAAGCAGCAGCGCUUCAAACGAAACCUCCGCGAAACCGACACAACCAGCAGCAGCAACAGCAGCAACAGCAGCAGCAGCAGCAGCAGCAGCAGCAGCAGCAGCACUGACGGUGGCUGCUGCCCAGGACUGUUCUGUUGCUGCAAUGAUUUCUCUGCAUCUUUCUUCCACAUGUUUCAAACUCCGAGAAGCAAUUCGGAAGAAGUGGCGGCUGUCCAAACAGAAGAACUUCAGCUGCAGCAGCAGCAGCAGCAGCAGCAGCAGCAGCAGCAGCAGCAGCAGCAGCAGCAGCAGCAGCAGUUCUUGGUUACUGCUUUUGUAUGCAAUAAGGGCUUUUUACAUAUUUAAAGAAUAA